ACAUAAUUAAUAGCCGCGGCCCGCUACUAACACAAAGCCCGACUCAAUAUCACUGUGCCGCUGAACUAAUUUAACCCACGCCCCCCCCCCCCCCAAGUUUAAUAAGCUGCUAUGAACAGUAACUCGACAUUAUAUUGAAAGUUUACCUUUUUAUCCCUGAAAUACUUAAAAUCUAGCCGCACUUGCAAAUCCCGCUCCAUUGAAAGGCAUCUCCUGCGAGAGAAAUUAGGAGGCGCAGCAAAACUGAGCAUCGAAUUUCUUCUGCAGAUCCAUUGGAAGGUGAAUAUAUUGGAUUGAUUUGGCCAUCUCCACUCUGAUUGAAACGAGGACAAAACUUGUUACGUAUUUGCGGGAACAUAUUUUGCGUAUUGUUGGUUGAGAAUCAGAAUGCCGAUUGACGAUGAUACCACUGUGUGCAUAUAUCUUCUGAUGGAAGAGCUUUUGCUGCAAAACAUAAUUUUAAUACUGGUUACAUAUCACAUUAUGGCUAGAUUGAGAUCACGUAAACGAAAGAGAACUAAUAAUGUUGCAUCUUUUGGAAUGAUUGAACGUGUUCCCGAUCAAGUUAUGCAUAUGAAUAGACUCGUAGGGGUUAGCGAUAUUGAUUGCCUAGCAAACCUAAGAAUGGACCGCAAUACAUUCGGUAGGCUUUGCAUUGUACUGCGUGAUCUAGGUGGGUUAACCGAUGGGAGGUACAUAAAGGUUGAAGAACAGGUGGCAAUUUUUUUGUCCGUAUUAGCACACCAUAAAAAAAACAGAGUUGUUAGGUUUGAUUUCUGGCGUUCCGGCCAAACAGUUUCAAAAUUUGUGCAUAUCGUUCUGAAGGCAAUUUUAAAAUUGCACACGGUUCUACUUGUCAAACCUAUGCCCGUUCCAGACGAUUGCAUGGACAAUAGGUGGCGAUGGUUCAAGGGUUGUUUGGGUGCUCUUGAUGGCACAUAUAUAAAUGUAAUGGUAAGCAAUGCUGACAAGCCAAGGUACCGAACCAGAAAAGGUCAGAUUUCUACAAACACACUCGCCGUUUGUGACCGAAAUAUGAAAUUCGUAUACGUGUUGCCUGGUUGGGAAGGAUCGGCGGCGGAUUCGCGAAUUUUGCGUGAUGCACUCACACGUGUGAAUGGUUUGAGGGUGCCCAAAGGCAACUACUACCUUGUCGACAAUGGGUACGCAAACAGUGAAGGGUUUUUGGCUCCAUAUAAAGGGACUCGUUAUCAUUUGAAGGAAUGGGGGCCCAAUGCAGCUAGACCACAGAAUCAAAUGGAGCUGUUCAAUCUACGCCAUUCCAAGGCACGAAACGUGAUCGAACGAGCCUUCGGGGUAUUGAAAAUGCGCUGGGGAAUUUUGAGGAGCAACUCUUUCUAUCCGGUGAAGACUCAAAACCGUCUAAUCAUGGCGUGCUUCAUUUUGAACAAUUACAUUCGAACUGAGAUGCCGAACGAUCCUAUCGAGCAAGAAUUUGACAUAGUUAACAUGGAGGCCGACGAUGAUGGCGAAGGGGACCGUGAGUUCAUAGAUGCAGUAGAGUCCUCACCCCAAUGGAAUGCAUUGAGAGAUGCACUAGCAGGGGAAAUGUGGCAAACCUAUUUACACAACAAUUGAGCAGACAAUAUAUGUGUAGAAUUUGGGGCCAUGGAAGGACGACAUGUGCCUUCUUGUUUGUGUGGCCGCGGAAGAAUGGUGUUGAUGUGUGCCGGUCCCAAUGCGCAUUUCCCGGGAAGAUGGUAUUACAAGUGCCCGGUGUUAGCAAAUCAUCGAAGAAGCUUUAUAUGGUAUGACGAGUACCAUCAAUUGUGGGCUGAAAAUACUCCGAGUACCUCCAUCUAUUCCGCACAGCACUAUGGGAUACAAAACUCCGAGAAUGCUUCAACCUCUGCUGCCGUAGAUUCUCCACCUCCACCUGCCAACAAUGCCGAACGAUUUGGGCGUGAAAAUGACGUUCAAGUUCCACUUAUGUUUUUAUUGCUUAUCACAGUUGCGAUUGGUGUUGGCAUCGGUAGACUAUUCUAGCGUUUGCUAUGCAUCAAAGACUAGGGUAUAUUUUCUGACAUAUUUUGUAUAAAUAUGGAGGCUAGUUCUAUUUGAUUGGCAAUUUUCCUUACGACAGUGCCAUAGCUAUAGAAACUACUGUUGCCCGACUAUGAUUAUGUUGUGUGUAUAACAGUUUGA